UCUCUUCCUGCUCACAAGGAGAGCUAGACCUUCAACAUAAGUAUAUGAUCUGAACAUCGUUGCUGACAUCUAGCUUUAGAAAGCUUUUGGUAUAGCCAAGUUCAUUCGUUGCCGUGUGGCAGAUAUGGGGAAGAUGAAGGUUGCAGCUUUCUUCUUAUGCUUCACUUCUCUUUUCGUCUCUUUUGCCCAAGCUUCCAAGUUCUGGGAAGACUUUUACGUAAACUUCGGUGACUGGAAAGUCGAGUAUCCUGUUUCAACAAGUUCGGGAGACUACAAAGUUGGAGACAUUGUGAAUCUUGCUCUCGACAACACCACCGGUUCAGGAUUUCGGUCCAAGUAUCCGUUCUUGUAUGGACACAUUGGUAUGAAGUUGAAGCUCGUGGGAGGAAACUCUGCCGGUACUGUCACUUCCUACUAUCUUGCCUCUACGUACAAGAAGUGGUGUGAGCUGGACUUUGAGUUUCUGGGAAACGUGUCUGGUGAGCCAUACAUUCUUCAAACCAAUGUGUUCGCCGAAGGAAAGGGUGACAGGGAACAGCGAAUCUACCUGUGGUUCGACCCUACUGAAGAUUACCACUACUACGGCAUUCUCUGGAACCAGAACCUCAUUUUGUUCAUGGUUGAUGACGUCGUCAUCAGAGUCUUCCACAACAGCAAGGAUCUUGGAGUCCCCUACUUGGAAUACCAGCCCAUGUACGUUUACUCCAGCAUCUGGAAUGGAGAGUUGUGGGCCACCCGUGGUGGUGCCGAGAAGACUGACUGGAAUCUGCAGCCUUUUAUUGCGUCUUACAAGGACUUCGACGUAGAUUCGUGCGCAGUGCACAGCCACGGCGAGAACCAAGAUGACUCUCAUGAAUGCUACAAGAAGCUGUACAGCAGCUGGUACGGCCAAGCUGAUGCAGGGCAGCUCACUCAGAAGCAGGUCGAUGAUUUGAAGCGCAUCCAGUACAACUAUGUCAUCUAUGACUACUGCACUGAUGCUGAGAGGUUCGAGGUAACCCCUCCAGAGUGCGCCAGGAACUGGCCCCAGAGUUUCCCCGUGCAGAUGUAGACCUAUGACCCCGAAUUCCGGAUGUAGAUCAAGCAAAUGGAUUUAGAGAAUCUCGAUCCAAAUUGGAUCCUUCAACCAUUGACAAACUUAUUGUGAAGACUUUGCGCUCAUGCAGGACUUAAACUUCCGAGGUUCUCACUCAGAAGCUCGCAUGUGCAUUACUUGUAGCUGACAAUGCUCUGCGGAGAGACAGAAAGCAGAAUCGUCUCGGUGAAGCUAGCAUGCAUUUUCCUUAAUUAGUUGUACUCGUCAAAUGUAAUGGUGGACAGAUGGAGAGCUAGGAUAUUAGAUAAUGAAAUUCCUACACUAGCGGGAUUGACAUGCACACUGUGCAUAUUUGGACCAUCGAAUUUGGAAUAAAAGGCCUGAAGUCCACUUUAGGAGCCCACAUGUUUCACUUUUAUCAGAAAUUAUCUUUACUAUUGGUAGCAACU